CCGGGUUUGGCCGCCAUGAUAGAGAGCCGAAUCCAGAAAAAUAUAUUGAAAACAUGCACUCGGCACACUGCUCAGCUAUUAAUUUCUCAAAUAGUCGGUCCAAAAGAGAAGAUUUGUCAUUUUUCAGGUUACACGGAAACAAAGACAGGUAUUUAUAACACUGGUUGUUGUAAAGAAACAGAAUAUUUUGCUACGUCUUUUGCUUUCUAUCAUGGCGAACUUCCAGCUCCAUGCCAUACUUCAACCUGUUCGGUUCAUUUCCGUGAGAGUCACUCAUCCUGUUGUUAACUCUAGAGUCUUUGCUCAAACUAGGAAGUGAACCAGACGGCUUCAGGUAGCAGGUAAUAAAGUUAUUAAGUGUUAUUUUAUACUCGUAAUCUUCGGGUGUACUCAUGACUGACAUCGACGGAAAUAACAGCCAUCAAGGCGAAGACAACGACGAGACAAAUUGCCGGAUUGUCCCCGGGAUAGAUAACGACCACGACGUUCCACCGGCUUAUCUUGCCAGUCAUGGACGUAGUAAAAAGAUAGUCUUACAUGUGGACUUGAACAACACCAUUCUGGUGUCAGACGCCGUGACUUGCCAAGGGACGAUUGCUGCCCUGGACUAUUUCAUGACGACUGUCACUUGGGGGAAAAUGAACAAAGGAAAAUGGGAAUGGCUGAGUGACUCUCCUUCCCUGCUCCCACCAUGUGAUGGCGCUGUCAGCUACUACUCUCAGUUUGGAUCUACUCACGGCUUCACCUCUGCAGCAGGCCGACGCUUUCAUGGGAUUCUGCAGGAGCAUCUCAACCUGCUCCGCUGGCCUGAGGGCGUGAAGGGAGACCGAGAGCUGACGAUAAAGGCUGAGGAUGGACGACUUUACCACUGGAUCGUCCCUUCCUUUUUCCAACUGCUCAAAGACCUGACCCAGCAAGGGACCCAGUUCGCCGUCCACUUCCGUACAUUCGGAAGCGACCUACCUCGUGUGCUGAGUGCUGUAUCCAAAGCUCUAACUCAAGGGGCUCAUCCUCUCUUUCCUGAUCUCCCUGAACUGAAGUUAAGUGUGAACAAGACUCCGGGCAAAAUCCGCUGUAGCGCCAAAGGCGUCCUUCUGACCAGGGGCGAAGAACGUCUGUCAAGUCGUGAUGGCGAGAGAGGCCUAUACGAGUACCUCAGCACCACAAGCGGGUUAGGAGGCUUCCGAGACGACUAUGAAUGGUGGCUGACAAAUAAGUAUUCCAUCCGUGGUGGGAAGCCUUUGUGGGUCGACCCCUUUGACGACAACGUUCAGCACAUCUUCAUAGAUGACAACAUCCGACAAAAUGAUGAGGAUACAGUAGUGCAUCCAAAGAUUUUCUUGGAGCCAGGCUCUGCCAACACUCGCACAGCCUGCAUCUCUGAGCUUUACGAUAUCGCCCUCAUCCAGACUAACCUCCUCAAAGCCAUUUCUGAGCCAGACUACUUCACCCGGCGUGUCCGCAUCUGCCAGGAGAACUAUGCAAAAAAUGUCCAGCAGGGGUCUAGCUAGGGCACAGCUCAAUGCCCCCCGUCCCUUUACCUCCGACCUGAUCCUAAUGAAUGCCACAUGAACUCAGGGGAAUUAGAAAUAUGGAUUGUUGUAAUGGUACACUAGAGAAGGUGAGUUUCUUCCUUCCAUAAUGAAUUGAUGAUUAGAUGGCAUCUUAAAGAACUAAAUACAUUUGAAAAGGGUUCUGGCACUGUAUUUAUUAGAUGAACUAAUUAUAAUGCAGACUAUGACAAACAUCAGUUAAAUAUAUCAUGCAAUCAACCCAUUAGCCAACAGAAUAGGGCUUUUCAAAACAUGGCAGAGUGAGCCCCCCGUCAUACAUUUGCCUCACCACUGCCAUGGAAACAUAUUUUAAAAGACAACGUUUUGAAUAAUUAGUCACCAAAUGAACCAAGACUGCCCGAGACACUGAAUAAUGCAGCCAUGCAAGCAAUAAUUGCUCGACUCUUUGCGGUGGUAGCUCAGUAAUUGGGGUCAAAAGACGCCUUCAAAUGUUGACAUUAUUUGUCCAACCCGUAGCUUUCUUGUGGGGUCACUUGAACACGUCGUACUGUAUGGUCUGCAUACAAUAUUAGGAACAGAUUCACAGACUCGGGUAUUUAGAUUGUCAUAUGCUCAAUGUUGAAGGAACUGAGACUAAGCAAGCAUGUGGGAUGCAUCCGAAUGCUUUUAUUCCACUUUUUAUGAUUGACCCCAAUCACACUCGUAUUUAGAUACAGUGGGAUUACACUAGUGGUGGUUGGAAUAAUUAUCCCUAGACGCCAAAUACUAUAAGAUGACAUGGUCAAUAUCGUCUUAUAUUUGUUUCAGUACAGUAGUUAUCCAAUGUAGGACAAGAAAAACAAAUCCGUUUUUGGUGCUGAUUCAGUCAAAAGUGGGGAUGCAGGCUUAUUAUUUUUUUUCCAAACAUUGAUUUUCUGUUUUUUGUUUUUGUUUGUUUGUAUUGUUGAAUUUUGUAUUUUGACAAUAUGCAGGAUAUUGUAUCUGUGAAGGCGUACAAUGUGAUGUGGAUCAAAAUUAGAAUUGUUGAAUGAAAAAAAAAAAGAAAUCUAAACAUCCCGAAACCCGUACGACAAGAUAUGUGUUCAUAUGUUAGACCAAUUAAGUAAUAUGUGCUAAAAUCUGAAAUAUUUUAAAAAUAACCUAAAUAAUCUGCCAACAGAACUUGACAUUUUGACAUUACUUUUGCUUAUUUUUAGCACAUGUUACUUAAGUUAAACAAAUAGAUGUAAUAUUGUAACUGUUUUUGCCGCAGAGUCUGUACUGUACUGAAGCCCAUUGUAUUUAAUUCUGUUUUUCUCAGGUACAUUUUGAAGACAAUGCAAAUAUUUUUAAAACACUGGGUUUUUGUAUUUUUGUUCAUUAUUAUUAUUAUUAUGUAUCUUAUUUUAUUAUUCUUAUUUUAUUUGUGUGCUUUUUUUAUUAUUAACAUUUUUAUUAAUAAUGCCAUGAGUUUGUUCUUUGUUGCUUGAAAGGUUUGUGCCCCCCCCCCCCCCCCCCCCAUGAUGUACUAUAGAGAAGUUUGCAUACCAAAGGUCAAUUCCAGUACACAUG